CAGGCAGGAGCUCUCUUGGUCAAGCCAUCACGAACGGAAAAACUAUUUUAUGGUGUGACAGAAAUGUACACCGUCCACCAAUGUUGUCGUCUGGCACUUCUGUGGCCUUCGUCACGACGUUCGGGAGGGGCUAUGACCUGCGGGACCUGGUGAUGCGGUUCCGGAACACGUCCUUCACCUUCAGCCAGUUCCUGUGGCACGUGGUCUGGACGCACGACGCGGGCGUGGCAGACGAGCACUGGAUGACCUACACCGAGGCGUGCGAUCCGUGCCGGGUGAAGUUCGACUACAUCCUGAAGCUGGAGACGAUCCAGGAGGAGAUCCAGUACCUGUUCUGUGGGGUGCUAGGCUUCCAGGGCGAGGCCACUUUCCCGGUGAGGCAUCGCAGCCACGGCCACGCCCUCGCCCGCUCAGACCGGGAGUACUACGCCAACUUGAGCACGGAGCUGAUGCGCCGACUGCUGGGCAUCUACAGGCACGACUUCGCCAUCUUUGACUACAGCCAAGGCCAGUAGUGCGUGAGGCUGAAAACGAAUGGACUGGGACUCGCUUUGUCAAAUGUUUGGGGCUCUUGUUGAGACCGUUUGGGAGGCCACAGAGGAGACACGGUUGUCACGAGUGUUCUUCCCGUUCACGGCGCAGAAGCCUUCCCAAAUAACCACCAGGCUCAAGAAACCACCCAUGGAAACCCCGACAACUUGUGGGAGGGUCUUUUGAAGUAGGUGUACCAAGGCUUCGAAGAGUUUGA